GCGAUGCAGGAUAGCUUGGAAAUAUUUUGCGGCUAGUUCUCGAACAGAUGAGCAGGAUAGCAUCGUUAGGGUCUCGAUGGUCUUAAUGUAUCGGAACACAGUGACUACCACUUACAGGAUAUGAUGCUAUGAGGAGUUACGCGGCUUUAGCAGCUAUUACUCUUCUGUUAUCGGAAUAAAUAUAUAACUUUAUAUCAUUAAUAGGGAUAGUUUAGUUCAUUUGAAUGAGGUUAAGGGAGGAUGGUUGGUAUUUGCUGCUGGUUGAAGGCUGGAGACACUAGAACAAUUUUUGGGACUAUUUAUUUAAUGUCUUCUGUACAAAUGCUUAUUAAAACUGGCUGAAUAUUGUAUCUAUUUACCAAAUGGUAAAACAACGUUGUGUUUGUAAUUUUUAAUUGUUUAUUGAGAUAACGAUGGAAAUAUUGAAAAAGUUUGAUAUGAUUCCUCAGAGGAUGGUGUUGAAAACUGCGUGGCUAAUUGGCUUUCUGAUGGGGCCAGCUUUCGUGCAUGGCCAGGUGUCUAGGCCGGGGAAACACACGCUCAGAGAUUUUAACAACAGAAAGGACUUUCUCGACUUUAUAACCAACGAACUCAAAUUUGAAAACAACGUGCCACCAGAUUAUGACGAUGACUUUGCGACUGUUAUAAAAUGCGAAAUGCACGUUGAAAACUUUGACUCAAUCAACGAGGCAAACAUGGACUUUACUGCCACCGUAUUGCUACACCUUAGCUGGUACGACCAUCGAUUUAGUCAGUUUCAAAUAAAAAACAUAGCUGACGGCUACGUAGAAAUAGAUGCCAAAAACCUCGAGAAAUUAUGGGUACCCGACCUUUACUUCCCAAAUGAAAAACGGGCGUACUACCACAACGUACUGAUGCCAAACAAAAUGUUGAGGGUCUAUAAAGGGGGAGAUGUAACGUACUCAACAAGAUUAUCCAUCACUCUGAGUUGUCCGAUGGACUUUCGACACUACCCGUUCGACAAACAAACGUGUAAAAUAGAGAUCGAGAGCUUCUCGUACAACGACGGUAACAUUCAACUGAAAUGGUCGAACUCUUCCGAUGGCCCCGUAUUCCUAGACAAGAGCACAGAACACAUGCCGCAGUUCGAGGUGAUCGCCAUCAGUACCCGUAAUUUUUCUGCCACAAGAAGAGAUCUAGGAAACCAUAGCUGCCUCGUGGUCGAGUUCACCUUGGCAAGGAAUAUUGGCUAUUACCUCGUGCAAAUGUACAUUCCUAGCUUUCUGGUCGUCAUGCUCUCAUGGAUCUCCUUCUGGCUCAACGUGAACGCCGUGCCCGGAAGAAUUUCCCUCGGAGUGUUAACUGUUCUCACCAUGACAACGCAGAGUUCUGGUGUGAAUGCGUCACUUCCGCACGUGUCAUAUACAAAAGCAAUAGACAUUUGGAUGUCCACGUGUUUGAUGUUUGUAUUCUUUGCGCUCAUAGAGUUCGCCGUAGCAAACGUUCUAGUGAGAAAAGACACGAAUAACGGGUUUAAGUUCAAACACAUUUUCAGCAUUCCAAGGUCAGGUGUCGACAAAAAAAUUAAUUCAAAAGAGAAAACUGAGAAUGGUAAGGACCCCGAGCAGGGUGAAGAAAGCAGCCCAGCAAAGCCUAGGAAGAAGGGACUCUCUUGCGGCAUGCGCUGGGCUAUGUACUGUGACGUGGGCUCUCGAAUCUCCUUCCCAAUCAUGUUCGCUAUCUUUAACAUUGCUUACUGGGGCUACUACCUGAAACAGCUAAAAAAUCCCCAAGCAAUAUGAAUGUAGUGGGAAUUUAAUGCAUGAUUGUAGAGAUGAGCUCUGUAGUGAUAUACUUGUAUGUCAUGCAAGUGCGUAUGGUUUACUAAAAUAUUGAAGAAACAUUGACACUUUUUUUUUACCCAUUUUCAUUUUAAGGCAAUCUACACAUUAUUCAAAAUCUGAAAGGAAUGAAAAAUCUGAAAGGUAUGAACCAUUUUAGAGUCAUCGUUUACAUGUGAUUGGACGUUUAAUUCAUUUUAGAUAUAUGAAAUGUGAUAGUACAUUAACAAUACUUGGCAUUUUCUAGAACGUCGAUGUUUGUUAAUACCAUGUCUUUCGUAGAAUGUGUGCGUCUUUGGUUAUGAAUUUGAACACUCUCAAGGUGAACACACCUAUCAUAUUUAUUUGACUGCAAUACAUAGAGUACAAAUCUAGAAUAAUUGUCAUAUGAACGCACAUGUGGCGUGAAUACCAAAGUUGACAAUGUGUUUUUGUGUCUGUAGUUGUAUGAAAAAUACUAAGAUGUGCAACAAGAAGGAGUUAAAAAUGAUUGUGUAACUGGUGUUUUUAUUUAUAAUUCAUUAUAUCAUUCAAGUUGAGAAAGAACUCUACAUGUCAGUUUAGGCUAGUUAUUAAGUGCUACGCCGUCAUUGUAUGUGUGAGAUGUAUAUACGGAAAGUAUAUGCAGCCGAAAUCUAGGAAUCAGAGUACACAGGAAAUGUCAUUCAGAAUUUUAAAAUAUAACCGUUCACGAGUGUUAGUGAACCUUCAUGAACACGUGAAAGUACUUGUACUUGUGAUGUAGUUGCAGAGAGUAAUGGUUUCCGCCUCUCUCACAAGAAGGCCACCUAGGCUUCAGGAUGGGACUCGUUAUCGUUCUUUAUUAACACCCAAGAAAUGUACUAGAACAUGAUAUCAUCAGCUGAUAAGCAAGGAGCUAAUUACACCGACGUAAACAAGUAUCAAGAUAUCAUCAGCUGAUAAUCAAUGAGCUAAACUAUAUCAGUAAUUACACCGACGUAAACAAGUGAUUUCACGAACGGAUUUAAACUCAAAUUCAAAACCCGUGUGUACAUAUGACUACUACGGAUAUGGGCGUGUAUGUUUCGAAAGCUCCCACUGUUUUCAUGUACGCGAACAUGUCCUGUCACAGACACCGUCAAAUGUUGAUAUUGUAAUUGCACCUUAUGUUAUGACUGCAAUCAAAAGUCUGAAUGUAUAAAUGAAAAAAAUGUAAAUUUAUUGUCUGUGUUUUUUUAUUAAUAAGUACAUCUUUGCUGUAAUUGCAUGUAUGAAUAUUCGCACAAACAUUGUUUAACAUUUUUCUCUUGUUUCAUACACUUUCCUUCCACUUGUCUUAUAAGUAUUAUGUAUAUGUUCGUUCUAAGCUAUUUGUAUUUCAUUGAGGUAGUGAGAAAAAGAGAAAAACAAAAAAACGAAUUAAGACGAAUCUAGUUUAGAAUCUUAAAUUAACUUCUUACUGAUAUGUCCGUUUAUAGGAAUAGAAAUGAUAUGUGAUAUAAUAUUGAAUUUAUGCUUCGUGUGUUAUAUAAAUGUACAUGUAAUAUUAAUCAUAACAUUUUUUAUCACAAUGCAUGCUGUUUCAAUAAAAUUUAUAUCCCACAGAAGUAUUUCCAUUAAAAUGGCCUCUAAGACACCAACAUUAGGAGCUAGUUAUUACAUUUCAUUAAUUGUUAAAGUUUGCAAUGUUUUAUACUCUGUCCUUUUUCUUGACAUACAUGUAUCUUACAUUUUAAGCUUGUCCUUUGAUGUUUUACAAAGAAAACAUGUAAAGCUACUGUGACGUCGUUGGCGUCAUCGGUGGCGGUUAGAACCACUAAUCCUAAGCAUAACUAAAAAACUAUUCAUGAUAUUGGAAUCAACCGUUGAACACAUGUUACCUGUGAAAACAAUAAUUAUCGAGUCCAACUGGAUAAUAAAUCUAGACGGGCGUUGGCGUUCUCUCAAUUGUGCUCUUUUAUAAGAUAAGAGAAAGAAAAAAAGAGAAUGAGGUAAUUCGUUUUUCAAUUUUUGAGAAAGUCACUGCACUUUACCAUUUUCUGGCGGGAUAUUGAACGUAUAAAAAAAUUAACAAAUAUUGUUUAUAAUGACAAAUAUUAUGAAAACGAGAUUUGAUCAAUUAGGAGUGGCAGAGGGCUAGUACAUUAGAUACAUUUAUAUGAUUCUAUAUUUUUUUUCUACAAUUAGACAUAUUACACUUCACUUGAUUUAUCUUGAUUUGUUAGAAAUGAAAUUGUGUCUUAAGUUUUUUUCUGAUAUUUUGUUAAAUUUUGGCCAAUAAACAUAUUCAA